CUCAGAUUUGCCUUGAAUCAAUUUUGAACAAAAAGCAUGGCUCUACACAUUAAGUUUCGUACAUUGUGUUUUAGAUACGAUGAUAUAUUGAAGGUUGAUCUAUAGUUGUUACCAACUUGUUGGGCUUGCAUUAUCUGAAAGUCGCUAGCGCUAGCUAUCUUGCUUCUUACCCAGCUGGCGUAAUGUUACGUAUUCAACAGCUGUAACCGCUGGUUGUCUAUGGAUUGUAGUUGGUGCGGCGUGUAUUUUUUGUUUGUUUUGAUACACUGUGACCAAUGGAUGUGUUGAUUUUUUUAACAUUCAUUUUUAUCGUCAUGGAUUGUUAUUGGAAAAUAAUUCUAGAAAUGAUAUUGAUGGCCGCGGCAUGUUUUGGAUUUGGAACGAUUGUUUAAUUUUGAUUUUUGAAUUGUGCAGCUUUGUUUGCUAAAUUACCCGUAGGUAACUUAUUCUGAAGUCUGGGAGUUUCUGAUGUGCUUACUUCAUGUAUUUUUCACUAUCCACUGGAUUAAGUCAAAGCUAUAAAUGUGUAACGUUAGUUUAUUGAGUUCUGUUUAAUGUCAGUGCACUACUGAUAUUUUAUUUGAAAAAGUAGAAAUUGAUAUUUGUAUUAGUAUUUAGCUCACGCACGAGCAAUUCUCGAACAUAAUCCUUUUUUUUUCUUUUAAAAUAUAUAGGCUUAAUGGUUGCAUUUCCUCCCAGUUUAGUAUGUUGAGUUCAAGCACUUUUCCAGUGUGCUAGCAAUCUUUUGGGAUUUCAGGAAUAGAUUUGCUUUCAAUUUCCUCAAGGAAACAUAGUGCCAUGCAGUUAUUUUUUAUCAUCAAGGUGAUGAGUCUCCAUGAACACGCGUCGCCGCCACGGUCCUAGAAGCAGUCAGCAGGGGGUGUACCUCGGGCCUUCUCAGACCCAGUCACAGCUGAUCCACCCGCCAGACGCGCCCCUCGUAGCAGCCCCGCCUCCCCCCACCGCUCCACCGCCAGUGGACAGCAGCAACAUGUCCUGUCGGGAUCGCACGCAGGAGUUUCUGUCAGCUUGCAAGUCUCUACAGGGAAGACAGAAUGGGAUCCAGACCAAUAAACCAGCCCUCAACAUACUCCGACAGCGCAGCGAUUUCACGCUCAUGGCUAAGAGGAUCGGAAAAGACCUAAGCAACACGUUCGCCAAACUGGAAAAGCUCACAAUACUUGCCAAAAGAAAAUCCUUGUUUGAUGACAAGGCUGUGGAGAUCGAAGAACUAACAUACAUUAUCAAGCAGGACAUUAACAGCCUGAAUAAACAGAUAGCGCAGCUGCAGGAGCUGGUGCGCUCGCGAAGCAGUCAAAAUGGCCGGCAUGUCCAGACACAUUCCAACACCAUCGUCGUCUCCCUGCAGUCUAAACUCGCGUCCAUGUCAAACGACUUCAAAUCAGUGCUUGAAGUGAGAACAGAGAACCUGAAGCAGCAGCGCAGUCGAAGGGAGCAGUUCUCUCAGGCCCCGGCAUCCUCCUCCCCUCUACACGCCAACAACUUCAAGAGCUCCGUCUUGAUGCAGGAUGAGACGAAGAGGUCGGGCGACGUUUCCAUAGAUAUGGACUCGCGCGCCAGUCAGCAGCUGCAGCUCAUAGACGAACAGGACUCCUACAUACAGAGCCGCGCCGACACCAUGCAGAACAUCGAGUCCACCAUCGUGGAGCUGGGCUCCAUAUUCCAGCAGCUGGCACACAUGGUGAAGGAGCAGGAGGAGACUGUACAGAGGAUCGACGCAAACGUGGAGGACACGCAGCUGAACGUGGAUGCCGCCCACGGCGAGAUCCUCAAGUACUUCCAGUCUGUCUCCUCGCACCGCUGGCUGCUGGUGAAGAUCUUCCUCAUCCUCAUCGUCUUCUUCAUCGUCUUUGUGGUCUUCCUGGCCUGAGCGCAAGCGGAGGCGAAGGAAGGGGACGAGACUGAGGAGGAGGAGGAGGAGGAGGAGGACCAGGCUAAAUUACAGAACAGAGUACAGCGGACAGGAGAUGGCUAAGAGAGGAGUGGUUUGGGAGGGAAUCGGAUGACUGAAGAACGAGUGCAUGUGUGUGUGUCUGUGUGUUAGCAUGUGUGUGUGCAGGUGAGCGCGUUAACAUGUGAUAGCCUUUGUGUGUGUGUGAGUGCAUUUGUGUGUGUGUGUGUGUAUGCGUGCGUUUGUGUGCGCGUGUGUUUGUGUGUGUGUGUGUGCGCGUGCGCGUGUGUUUGUGUGUGUGUGUGCACGUUCUGAGAGUGUGAUUGAGAACUCUGUCUCCAUAUCUCAUUCUCUCUUUUGAGAGGUGGUGAAGGUAAAUAUUGCAUAAAUUACUAUUUCUGGGACACAAGUUGCAUAAUGGCAGGCCUUAUCUGCCUGCCUGGUGACUGGUAUUCUCACUGACUUUUCGAGACCUUUGUAUGCCACCAGUUACAUGUCAGAAAAUAAUAAAAUAAGUGAGAUACAUACAUUUAAAACGUUAUUUCAUACGGUGUUGUAGUUUUAUUUGAAACACAAAUGAUUUUAAAAAUAAUGAUUACAGAAUACGAUUUCCAUUACUUGAGCUAGUUUUCCAAACUGCUUCAAAACCAGUGCUGUUUUUCCCUUUAGUGCUCUACUCAGGGGGUAUAAUAUGGAGAAUAGAUCUGUGAGUUAAUUGGCCACAUUUCUCUUUUCUGUGAGAAAUGAAACGCCCGUCCAUGCCUUUACACGGUAAGGGUGAGUCGCUUCGUUUGGCUCUAGUUAAGGAUUAAUCUUCAGCGUGUCCUCUGAUACCAUCUGGCGAUAAAGACCAGUGCUUUCCUUUGGCCGUGAUUUAAAAUGAAGGAUUUUCUUGGGGUGUAAAUACAGGUUUCUCUGAGACACAAGAGACAAUGGUUCAGCUUGAAGUGGGAAAAUUUUAUGUGUGAAGAGAGAAUUUUUUUCACUGGCUUUAUAAACGUCUUUUGUGUGCAGGAAAAUGCAACAAAAUCUCCCAGCCCAUAAUUGUUUCCUGGCAGGUCAUUUGGCUACGUGGGCUGAAUGGCAUGGAAGAUAAAUUUGUCUGCAUACAGGAGCUUGCAUUGCAUUGUUGGCCAUUUCUGAGGAGUUGCUAUCAUUGUGAAGUGCUGCCAUCUCUUGUAGAGUUUCCCCUGUUGAUAGUGUUAUACAAUAUUAUCCAUUGCCACGUUUCUUUUACUGGAAUCCCCCUGUUGAUUUCCAAUCUCCAUUUGAUCUGAAUGGAAUGAAACCCUUUUGAAACUUUGUGUUGCUAUUAUUAUUUUUUUGCCAUUGUUCGGUUUUGUGGCAAAAUGCAAAUAUAUGUUCUGUAUUGGUUUGAGAGAGCUGAUGUGAGAAUUAAACUUCUUCACGUCCCAAUUUUUAAGCAUUGCAGUUUUGUUGGGGGUGAAAAGACCACUGAAGACCCCAGAUAUUGAUACCAUGACUGCAUGGUUACUGUAGAUUUUUAUUUAAUCUUUUUUUUUUUUCAAUUUUAUUUUAGAAACAUUCCUGCUUUGUAAAAAAAAAAAAAAAAAAAAAAGGGUGAGACUGGGGAGAGAAAGAAAGAGGAGGGGAGAGAGAGAGGGAGAAGGGGAACAUCUGGCACUAAUAUUUGGCAGUCAUAGCCUUAAUAAGCACUGCGGCCUGAUCGAGGUGCUCCGUUUGUAAAAGUGCUUUCUUGGUUCUGCGAUCCUAGGCGUGUGCCCAGAUGUGUUGGGAAGUGUCCACAUUAUUUAUCGCUUGAUAUCAGGUCCCAGCCGUACACUCUGCCGCCUUGGUACUUCGCCCAGAGUAGUCCGGGGGGCCUGCAUUGUAACAUGGGGCAUUAUGCGUGAAGUGAAUCCGCUGAUGUAUUAUUUAACAAUGCCCAACAGGUCAGCGCUGAAAGGAACAAAAGUAAUGUUUUGUGCUGGGCCCUGUGUUCCUGUUUUAUCUGGGUGACUGCAGAGCUUUUAUUUGUUUUGUUUUUUUCCCCCCACAAUGCCAGAUGACCCUUUCUAUGACCUCCUUGGGUGGUGGGGGAAAGCUGAUUCUUACUCUUCAAUGGCAUGAAGCUUUUCUGUACUCUUUCUCUAUCUCUCUGUCGGUAGAUUCCCAACUGCUCUUACAGUAGCCUCCAUCUGAAAUUGAAGGAUGGGAGUGAGCGCGAGGGAGGGGACUGUCUGCACAGUUGCUCGGCAUUACUAACAGUUCUGUGCAAUGGCUGCAGCGUAAGGAAGUGCUGCUUCCCUUACAGCCUUGAUGAAGCCUGUCCUAAAGUGUUCCUCCACCUGAAGACCAUUUUAGAAAGUUACACAUGCGCACCCCUGCAUUUUAUUACAUUUUGAGACGUAUUUGACUGAAUGGAUCUUUUAAUUUUACUUGUGAUUUUUCACCCUGAAAGUAACUGUAAAUAUUAUUAGGGGAGCAACUUUGGACUUGCCUUCUCAAAUGGACUGAAAAGGGGGGUGGGAGGGGUGGGGGUACUUUAGUGGCCCCUGUAUCUGGGAUGGAGAGGAGCGUGGGGGUGCUGAAAGAGAGCAGGGAUUCCUUCCUGCGGUUUCAGUAUCUGAGCUGCCGGCUGCAUCUAACGUUAAACCGCAAAACAAGUGUAAAUAUAGAUAAAAUCGUGAAAUGUUUAAAAUUGUAUAUGUCAUCAUUUCUUUUUUUCUCUCCUGGGGUUUUAUUUGCCAAAACGGGACUAGUGAGGGACAGUGAAAGCCAAGAAAGGGAGAGCGAGAGACUGGCCUUUUGAGGCUUAAUAUCCUCAUUUUCUAAAGAGCAGCACAUUUUCUGAAAGCACUUGGUAGAUUUCCAAACCUCUUUAGUUGUUUACGGUCAUCUUCACACUUUCCCUCCAUUUUCUUGACAUGGAUUCCUCGCUGCUUGUUCUCCAUCUCGCCCUACUUUUCUGUCAAACACUAAUAUUUUUAUUUUGUUUAUAUUCUCUCUCUCUCUCUCUCUCUCUCUCUGCACAACGGUCUCUUCCUCUCCCUCCUUCUAGAACUAAUGUGAAUAAGAGAAUGGCGUAAACCUACAGAACAGUGUCUGUAAUGACACUUUUUUAUUUUAGCUCUCCUGUUUCUGACUUUUUAGCCCAAUGCUUCUAUUGUAUAAAUUGCAAAUAAUGUAUUGAGAAGUGAAUAUUAAAAAGCAAACUCAAAACGCAA